AUGGCCGCCACAACUAUUCAGACAGCAGAACAAGCCGAGAACUUUCUCGCCAAGGUUUUCGAAAUCCUUGAUUCGUACGACUACGAGCGCUUUAGUGAGAUUUUCGCCACGAACUUGGAGUAUCAAGGGGGGCUGCAGACCACUUCGGGGCUUGAUGAUUUUAUCACAGAUUUGAAAAACUCGGUAGCGAAAAUGCCGGGGAUGAAAACAUCUCAUACCAGAUUCAAGAACGAAAUCACCAAUGCAGGCACCAUCUACAGCUUGGGACACUCAACAGCGAUAUUCCCAACGCACCCUGACAAUCCAGUGACAAUUCCAAUGAUUGGCGUCUUCACUUUGGUUUCAGAGGGGCCUGAGAGUGGCAAAAUUCAAGACAUGAAGAUUUACAAGGAUCGCUUGCCGUUCCUCGCCUUGCAGCAACAACUGCCGGGCAUGAAGAAGAAUGCUUAG